AUGGCGGGACAAGCCGACAAGAAGCGCCAGCAGAAGGCUGCGGCGUACUUCCAGACGCACGCGGCUGGAGUCCUCAUUGCCACUGUGCUCUUCCUGAUUUUCCGUCUCUCUGUGUUUUCGGGGAAUUUUACUGUCGCGCUCUUGCCGCUGCCGGAGUUCUGGGAAGGCUUUUUGCUCUCGUGUACGUACGCGCUGUACUACGGCACAUACAAUUCCAUCGUGGACAGCUUGAGACUCGGCGUCUCUCACUCGCUUUCCACGGACUUUUUCAUCGUUGCGUGCGCGGCCCAGGUCCUCGGAGGCGUCCACCCGCGUGGCUGGUUUCUCUGGGCGGUCGUUCCUGCCUACGGAGUCUACAAAGUGGCGAGGAAGAUUCUCGACUGGGUCUUCACGCCCGAGGGGCCUGAAGAGGGCAGCGCAGAGGCCGCCGCACUUAGAAAGAAGGAGGAGAAACUGCAAAGAAAACUCAAGAGCGGACGCGUCGCCCUCAUCAGAUAA